AUGGGCCGUCCCCACAGUGCCGAUCGCACUGAUCAUCCUGACGGAGCCUCCACGCACUCCCUACAUUCCAUCGACCCAGAGGAUGAUCUGCCUCCUCCAUACACCGACGACCCCGAGGUCCCAGUGAUCCCAGGCCCAUUGGCUGCUCAACCUCCUGGUCUCGUUCCCCUCCAAAUCGUCGAUUCUGCGUACGCCCUCCCCGAUUCCGUGAAUUGUAGCAGCGAUAAACAUGUCUACUCUACCGCCCCGUACCUGUCCCAGAACAGCGCUUCACUUUUCAGCCUCGCCCUCCGGCAGAUAAGGCUCCCACCACGCCCGCUGCUCUAUAUCAGGGGAACCCAUACAGAGACGAGGCAUCAUGACAACAAGAAAGAGAGCUCCACGGUCGAGGAUUUUAGCUUCAAGCUUGAUCUGGCGGAGACUCUCCUGACUGGAUGGCAGGAUAGUCAAAGCGCCAUCGGGGCUGGAUGGAAGCAGGUCCAUGUCAUUGAGGAUGAGGACAACCUCCCUGCCUAUCGCGGCGGAAGGCUUCGGUCACGCACCUAUAAGUUCCCAAAGUCGCGCAAUACAGCUUUGGUGGCGGACAGCGAGACUGGGACCGAGGCUGAGGCCGAGACAGGGCUUCUCAGCAACGAACCAUCCGACCCCAACUCCGCGGAUUCCGUUCUCAAUAUAACCUGUGCUGGGUACCGCGCCGACCGAAACCUCAGGCUCUGGUGCGAACGCUUCUGCGAGGAUCCUGCACCCGUCAAGUCGGGGUUCGACGAAUCUGCCAUGAGAAACCCCCUCGUGUCCCACAUCCGGUCGCUGAACUAUCACGGCCAAAUUUCUUGCAAGGCAGUGCUUGCCCAGCAGUCCGUGACGAUCUUUUCACCUCACUGGAUCAACCGCUUACGCGCGAACCGAUACAUAUGGUGGAUUGUUGUCAUCCUCCAGCUGUGGAUCAUCUCCUGGCCGAUCAUCUGGUUCCUUGAGCGGCGCUACGAGGUGGCUCACACCACCUGGAACGCCGCUCGAGACGCUGGUGCAGAGAACGGCCUUGUCCAUUGCUAUCCGCAAGGUCGGGACCCGGCGAUGCUCGCUGAGUACUGGGCACCGGCUGUCAAGCAAGCGGCAUGGUCGCGCCGACGUGGAGAAGAUAAUACUUUGACAAGGUUGGAUGCCGACCGGCUACAAGGGUUGAGCAACAAUCAAUUGCUGGGCAUGGACCGUCACGAUUCCCAGGCGGAACUUGAACGACGUGCUCGCGUCGAUAGGGGAGAAGGCGGUUUCAUGGACAGUGUUGUGGGCCUCGUUCGGGGCGUUGGGGAAGUCCACCAAGACUGGCAAAUGGCCGUUGGAUGGGGCAACAAUACCUGA